AUGAACUACUACCACCAAGCUAAGCUAAUGCACACCAAUAUUUUGAAAAAGCUUCAUAUCACCAAGCUGAAUACCGACAGUAGCACUAGUUCUGACCAAUCGACAUCGAAUUCCUCCUCAAUGAAUGCAUUUCCUCUGACCCAACAGCAACAACAGCAACAAGUUCCAGUACAACAACAAGUUCCAGUGCAACAACAACAACAACAACAACAACAAGUGCAGCCUGUACUUACUCAAGAUGAUAUAAACCAAUCCUUACUUCCCCAGAAGUCGACAGUAUCAAAGGGAAAGUAUUCCUUGGGCGACUUCCAUAUCAUGAGAACAUUGGGAACUGGUUCGUUUGGAAGAGUUCAUUUGGUUCGUUCAGUUCAUAACGGUCGGUACUACGCCAUAAAAGUGUUGAAGAAGGCCCAAGUGGUGAAGAUGAAACAAGUGGAACACACCAAUGAUGAAAGAAGGAUGUUGAAAUUGGUAGAACACCCCUUUAUCAUUCGGAUGUGGGGGACCUUCCAAGACGCCAAAAAUUUGUUUAUGGUUAUGGAUUAUAUCGAAGGCGGAGAAUUGUUUUCACUUUUACGUAAAUCACAACGAUUCCCUAACCCUGUGGCCAAGUUCUAUGCUGCUGAAGUGACGUUGGCAUUGGAGUAUUUGCAUAGUCAUGAUAUCAUAUAUCGGGAUUUAAAACCCGAAAAUCUUUUAUUGGACCGGAAUGGACAUAUUAAGAUUACUGAUUUUGGAUUUGCAAAGGAAGUUCAAACUGUUACUUGGACAUUAUGUGGUACUCCAGAUUAUAUUGCUCCGGAAGUAAUUACUUCAAAACCUUAUAAUAAAUCUGUUGAUUGGUGGUCUUUAGGAGUAUUGAUCUUUGAAAUGUUGGCAGGUUAUACACCAUUUUAUGAUCUGACCCCUAUGAAGACUUAUGAAAAGAUUUUACUGGGGAAAGUGCAUUAUCCCAGUUUCUUUACCCCAGAUGUAAUUGAUUUGUUAUGUAAAUUGAUUACUGCUGAUUUGACUAGAAGAUUGGGUAAUUUGAUGAAUGGGCCUGCUGAUAUCAGAAACCAUCCUUGGUUCUCUGAAGUAGUAUGGGAGAAAUUACUUGCCAAAGACAUUGAAACUCCUUAUGAACCUCCAAUCACUGCUGGGGUCGGGGAUUCAUCCUUAUUUGAUCAUUACCCCGAGGAACAAUUAGAUUAUGGGGUUAAUGGAGAUGAUCAAUUCUCCAAAUACUUUGAAGAUUUUUAG